AUGCGUGUGUUCCUAGAACACCCAACGAUUGAUUUAGCCUCAACAACGAGGCUCAGACAGGUGGCUAAGAAAGGACAGGCAGUCUUAUCAUCAGAUGGUAAAUCAUUGCUCUGCGGCGCUUUGUCGCAGAAUGUUACAGCAGAAUUACAAGAGAACGUCGCUAAUCUUGAAGAAGAGUAUAAUCUUUUCGAGAAUACUUCUUAUGAUCUAUAUGCAGCCGUUGCGCAACUAAAAGAUGAUGUAGGAGCAUGUAAGACAUCACAAUCUAACCUAAUUCGAUCGAGCUCUAUCCCUUUCUGCAACGCGACGAAAGUCGGACAUUUCUAUUUGAACAACGUGACUAACGAACUGACAGUGUGCAACGGAAACAACUGGUACAGUAUGACAAGAGGAUGUCCAUAUAACAAUUAUGAGGGUUAUUGUGGAUAUUCGGUUUUGUCCCAUCGUUGCCAAUUGAUUUGGAAGCAUUCAUAUCUUGAGGUUGGAAGUGCUACAAACGACAUGCGCACAUUCAGUUCAUUCGACCGACCAUGCACAGACCUGUCUGUUGGAUGGUGCAACAUCGCCGAUAAAGACGCAGUACCUGGACAGGUGCAAGUAACUGCAGCCUAUCACGAGGGUCAAUUAGUAUAUGCUUAUCGUGGGGAUAGGAAUAAUGAAUUAGGAAAGACGUGGAGAGGAGCAAUACUCAACAAUCCUAUUAAAAUAGUAGAUUUGUGUACAGGAAAUAAUGGAACCCCUCCAGAACCGACUUCCGAUACGUAUCAAGGGCUGACAUUUGACAAACAUAAUCCUGAGGUACACACUGGUAACUGCGACACAGACCGGUAUCCAAAUGGUAACGACUGUCGCUGGGAGAAUUGUUUACUGCCAUCGAGCAUCUCCAGUCAAUCGUCCCAUGUGCAAAUGACUGUCGCAAUGUAUCUAUGCUGAUCGCUUAAUGCUCUUGUCGGAAGACCAGGUAUAUCACAAAAACCAUUAAGACUCGUUGCUUUGUCGAAUGAAUGGAUGCAGUGUAGUAACAAUUUCAUGUCGUAUAUCUAGAAUUUAGACUAUCGCCAUCGUGAAUGGUUUCUAUUUGUUAGAGCUUUAAUUAUCGUAGCUGUGCAAGCAUGUGAUAGUAGUACGUAGCAAUUAGUCACAGUCUCGCUUUAUCGAUAUCAAUUAUUAUCAACCAAAAU